GCCGGGGCGACUGGAACACAACAUGGCGGCCUGAGGGGAGCGCCGGCAGCGGGGCCGGGGCGGGCCCGGCCGCUCCUCCGCCAGCCCCGGCAGCUGCGGCACGGCGCGGGAGGCACAGUAAGAGGAUUUAGGUGGCCUAAUUAGUUUAUGAUGCAGCAUGAUUGAUAAUGAUCAGAAAACAGAAGUAGCAGAUGAUAAAAAUGAGAAGAGCACCUGACAAUUCUCAUACAGAAGCAAAUACGAAAGCUGGGGAGAUGAAAAGAGAAUGAGACAACACAAAUCGAUUGUCAGUUGGAAGACAGCAUUAGAAUGUCCCUGCCUAAGUAACUUUUCCCUCUGCAAAAUUUCUUGGCAGGCUUUCUCCACUGUAAGGCUGUGUUUAUACUUGUAAAUUAAACAUAUCUGGAAAUCUUCUUGGACACAAAGAGCAGCUGGCAUGAAACAGCCCUCAUCUCUGCUAGUAAAUUCUCUUAUCUUCCAAAACAAGGCAGAAGGACAGAAACUGCUUGAGAACCGACCUUAGAAGGAGUCCUCACACCAGGCAGGGAAGGUGCCUCACAAAGUGCUGAUUGUCACAGGCCAAGUCCCUGCCAGUUGCUAAGAUAAGGAGAGGGAAUAUUUCCUGAUGUUCUGGAGAAAGUGAGUCUUUGGGAAGGAAAGUUCUGUGCAAGUAAACACAUGAAGCAACAUUUUGAAAGGGAUGAAAACCCUGGUUCCCUUUCACUGGUAUGUGAAUUUAUGGCCAUGACUGUUUAUGAGCUGAUAAAAGGUCAUGGCUACCGUGAGUACAGAAAUGGGAUAUUUCAGAGUGAUGAGCAACAAGAAAACAUAAUAAUAAAGCAGAACACCCUGAAGUUAAGAGAUUUUGGAUCUUGUAGGAGUAUCUAUUCUCAGCAGGCACACAGUACCUCCCCACGCUGGUACUGAGCACCUCAAUGUUUGCUUACAAAUGGCCUCUGUAGUUACAAAAUUGGCAUGUGGAGUCCUGGCUGUGUUUUCUAUGAAAUCACAAGUUUCCAGCCUCUUUUUCUUGGAUGUAGUGAGCUGGACCACAUCUCAAAAAUCCAUGAAGUGUUAGGCACUCCUGGUAACAAAAUCCCAAAAGUUCAAGCAGUAAGUAUGCACUCCCAUAUAAAGAAAGGAAAAGGAAAGUCUUCUCUUGUGCACAAAUUGCCUUUUAAAGCUUUCUAUCUCCUGUAUGCAAUGACAAAAUAUGACCCAAAUGACAGAACUGCUGCCCAUCAAGCCCUACAGCACCCUUAUUUUCAAGAACUCUGGCAAGUGACUUCAAAUCACUUCAAUUUUGAAGACCAUUCUCUCAGGAAAGUAGGGAAAAAAACCAAACAACAACAUGGGCCUCCACUGGGAGAAUUAAGAGAAUUAAAUUUUUCUGGAGUAGCCAAAUUGAUUUCCUUUCCUACUCCUACGUUGCAUUCCGUUUUCUGGAAACCUAAGGAAGGUGGUGGAACCCCUGUGUUCCAGUCUGUCAGAUUUAUUGGAUCAAAUAUUGAGGUGUAGACUCUCACUUGCCCACUGACACAUUUGAAACUUCUGUUAUUUCUUCAACAGUCUGAGAAACAGAAGGCACUUCAGUGUUCCCUGAAACAUUUCCAUUUGCCUGCUACAGAAGGAAUAGAAGUGAGGAAAAGCCUGGCUAUGCAGUGAGAGAGACCCAGUCAUGCUUCUUUGUUAGAGAUCUAACAAGAACAGCAGCGCCUGAUUUUGUCUUGCUCUGACAAUUUGUAGGAAAACCCCACAAGGUUUGAGGGCUGGUUUCCUACCAUUUUGAUAUUAUAUUCCUGAAGGGGGUCAAUAUUUAAUUAAAGCAUUGUUCUGGCAGAGCACAGAGAGUGUUCUGCAUUGAACUUCCUAAGUACUUUUUCCUUUCAGAACCUGGUGGAGGAGGUUGGUUAAAAAUAACAUGAAAGGAUUCUUUGAGUUCAAGUAUUAGGAAUGGAAUGUUAUCUACAGAAUUUAAGUUUUCAAAUUGUAUUACAAAUGAUAGCUAACUGCUGUAUUUUUUUCUUAGAUUUAAGGGUUUGGGGUUUUUUUCAGUUAGCCCUGGAAAUGAUUCCCCUCCUGUAUUCAGUAACUUCCAUCUCAGGUUUUACUGAGAAUGUGCAAAUAGUGCUAAUAUAUGAGAUACUUGAUUUUCAUGCAGUUUCUGUAACUGCUGAAUAUUUUUAUGUAACUAUAUUUAAAAGCUAAACCAACUUCUUAGCUGAUUGAAAAGCAAGUAAAACUUAGUCAUAGUUUGAUUCAAGCCAUUGAUCUUAACAUUAAUCAAAAGUCUUAACAGGGAGUGAUAUUGCAGCCAGUUGCUUAAAAGAGCAGUAGAAGCACAUAGCUGAUAAUGCUUCAGAAAUCUGGCACACGGAUCAUCAGCAACAGUUUAACAGAAUAUUUCCUAUUAUUAAAUAAGGUGGAUCUUGCUCAGCUUGGCACAUACAGUACUUCAGGGAUAUUGAUUUCCUAACAAGUUCCUUGCUGUUAAACCUCUGGAGACAACUUACACUUCUCUGGCUGUUGGAUGAAUAGGCAAACUUGAGUUUUCCCACUGGCUUUAUAGUUAAAAUACACCCAAACUUUAAACUACAAACUGGCAAGUAUAGUUCCUACCCUCAUUCUUCCAGCUAAAAUUCCAUACUGAGAUUAUCUGUGUUCUGCUCACUUUUAAUUAUUUUUUAAUGUAGUAGGAAAAAUAUUUUUAUUAAAAGCUGUAUCUACAGUAGAGGUCUUAAGUUCCCUCCAGGUAAGUUAUUAGUAUCCUGUUUCUUACUAAAAGAAUGUUUUCCACAUGGAAUAGUGUGAUAUGGGCAAUUCAAGCUUCUAGAUGAUUGCCCUAAUAGUAAAGAAGAGGCUGAAAAAAGAAAAUCCACACACAUUCCUUGUGUGCUGCUGGACUACAAUUUGUGGCAGGGACAUACCCUGCCAACACGGAUGUGAGUAGCUGCUGUUGUUCCCCUUAUGCUGGACAUUGCAAUUCUUUCCCUACUGGUUUUGUAUUUUUCCAGCUGAAGGAAAAAAAGUCUUUUAAAGUUACUGCAUAUUUCUUCAACUGUUUCAUUUUGACUCAGACCAUAUGAAGCACUUACAUAGAAGAAGUCUACGGGGAGAUAACUACACUAGUUUUCAGUGAUGAGGUUUAUCUGUAUUUUAACAGUUAAACCCACUAUGUUAAUAAAACAAAACUUCUGAAAAAUAAUCCUGCUCAGUUUCAGUAUUUUCCCCAUUCCUCAUAUUUUAGAAGACAGAUAAGAAUUGUAAAGCACAGCUACAUCUUGAAUAAAGUAGGGAGCUAAUUCCCAGCUUAUAAACAGAUCUGGCAGUUCUCUACAUGCUGGCUGCAUUGCAAGGGUGAGACUUAGUUAAAGCUACUGCAGUUGCUUCUCCCCAAAUGUCCAUUCAUUUCCUGAAAACAAAUCACUUUUCAUGCCAGAAAAUGUCUUAAGAUUACUUGUAAUUAAAAAAAAUUCUACCGAGCUUUAUUGUUGGAGAGCAGGAAGGGCAUUAACUUGUGGCCACAGAUACAGUAUGUGCACCCUCAGGCAAGUUCAUUGUUCUGGGCAAGCAGCCUCUGUUCUACUCUGCCUGCAGGAUUCUGCAAAUCCCACUUGUGAACGUUGCUGCAUAAGAAAAAGGGAAGCAUAUGAUGGAUACUUCUAUUCUCUGUCAGUCUGGGGCUGGACAUGGAGGGUUGGUCUUCGCAAGAACUACUGAAAACAAGUUAAGUGGUGUGUUGACUGAUUAAAAAUGACAGGUGUUUAGACAAGCAACAUUAACCUCUGCAAAUCCACACUUGUGGAUGUCUAUCCCCAUCACACUUACCAGUUUAAGACCACUGAAUUAUAAAUGAGAUGCCUGAUGUAAAACAAAUGAGUCUCAGAAAUGCUACUCCAAUAUGUUAGCCCAGUUUCUGACUGACAUCAUAAAGUGUGUACAGCUGCUGUGGGAUCUUCCACUUCCCAACUCCAAAUGCAGGGGACUACACAAUAACAAAAUCCUUACCCCAUGAAGUUGCCUGUCUGUGAAAUUGCUGCUGUAUGAAGUAUUUAAACUGCAGGAUGUGUUUGGGGAUAAGCCAUUAAGAACAAGAAGAGAAAAACUGUAUUUCACUUUCCUAAUUGAAAUUCAAUUCUAUUAAAU